UUGUUGACUUGGUUCCAGAAUGGUGAAACGCCAAAAGCGCACAUCAAAACAAACACGUGUUCUCAAAGUCGAUCUUCGAUCCAACAUGAUGCGUCAAGUUCCUGCUGCCAUCCAAGCCCUUGAACGGGGUUGGAACUGUUCUACGAACAUCCACUCCAAGCGCGUGGCCCCCGUCUCCGACGAGGAGCGAGGCCGUCGCGCCGCUGAGCGUGCCGAGAAGAGAGCGGCUGCUCGCCGCCUGAUGCAGCAGCGUCCGCCGCGGCGCGUCCACGUCGAAGCGAAGCCCUGGAACGGCUCCACCAAGACCGACUCGAAGCGGGUCGACCCCGCAACGCCUGCUCAGCGCGACCAGCAGGGCCUCUUGCGCAUGGCGGAGCGACAGGCUCGCACCUUGCGACUACAGGCCCUGCGUUGUGUGGCCUUUCAGCCCGCUGCAAAGUGGAACGCGUCCACCCGCGUGACCUCACAAGAAGUUGUUGUCGCGCGACCCCGAGUUGAGCCAGUCGUGGCAGUGCCGCGACCCCGAGUUGUGCCAGUCGUGGCAGUGCCGCGACCCCGGGUGACCCCACUCGUGCAUAUUUUAGUCUGCAACGGCAGCUCCAAUCU